UUUUUUUGCAUUCUCAAGCGGAAGAUUUAAAUAUUGAAAAAUGGUUGCCCCAAAGAAGCAGAAGAAGGCGCUGGAGAGCACCAAUGCGCGUCUGGCGCUGGUGAUGAAAUCCGGCAAAUAUUGCCUGGGAUACAAGCAGUCGCUGAAGACUUUGCGUCAGGGCAAGGCCAAAUUGGUGCUGAUCGCCAGCAACACGCCCGCCCUGAGGAAGUCUGAGAUUGAGUACUACGCGAUGUUGGCCAAGACUGAGGUCCAGCACUACAGCGGAACGAACAUUGAGCUGGGAACCGCCUGCGGUAAAUACUUCCGCGUGUGCACCAUGUCCAUUACCGAUCCUGGAGAUUCGGACAUCAUCCGCUCAUUGACCGAGAACUAAAUGGAAUUUUAUUUAAACUUGAAUAAAAAUAUGGGUUAAAGAAGAACUGCCCAUGGAAAUCCAAAGAAA